AUGAACGGCGCAGACAAGGGCACGAGCAGCGACACAUACUUCGCCGCCGCCGAGUUCCUCAAGCGCCGGGAACUCGCCGGAGUCAAAAUGCCACGACAGAAGAAGGCCAAAACGACCAGCAACACCAAAGAAACGAAACACGUCAGGCUCGACGGCCGCACCGAAGAAGUCGAAGAAAGAUGA